AGCAGCAGCGGGAGCACAAUAAUGUGCUAGUCUGAAUCAGUGACACCAACAUCACCACAAGCAACAAGCAACCGCACUUGUCCUGCGGUGUCCUCCGGUGUCCACGCUCAGUCGUAGAGAGACUGUAGCCGCAACAGAAGAGCAGUUCUGUGGGACAUUUACCUGUGAGACACAGAGUCAACUUUGAAAAACUUUCACACGAGGCGGCACCAACAGACGCUCACAGACAGAGCCAUGGUGGAGUAUUACCAGAUAUUAGGAGUCCAUAAAAAUGCAACGCAGGACGACAUCAAAAAAGCAUACAGAAAACUGGCACUGAAAUGGCAUCCAGACAAGAACCCAGACAACAAGGACGAAGCAGAGAGGAAGUUCAAAGAGCUGUCAGAGGCGUAUGAAGUGCUCUCAGAUGAAAACAAGAGGAAUACAUAUGACCGAUAUGGUAAAGAAGGCCUCUCAGCAGGAGGAGGUGGAGGAGGAGGAGGAGGAGGAGGCAGUUACGAUCACUUUGGUGGAAGCUUCACAUUCCGUAAUCCUGACGACGUUUUCAGGGAAUUCUUCGGUGGCAGAGAUCCCUUUGCAGACUUUUUUGCUGAUGACCCAUUUGACGAUUUCUUCGGAGGGGGUCGCAGUCGCCAGAGAGGCGCAAGCCGGAACAGGAUGGGUGGUUCGCUCUUCGGUUUCGGGGGCUUCCCAUCUGGGCCUGGAAUCUCUGGGUUCGAUUCAGGUUUUAGCUCAUUCGGAGACAUGGGUGGAGGAGGCUUCACCUCUUUCUCUUCUUCGUCUUUUGGUGGCGGUGGAUUUGGAGGAGGAGGAGGAGGAGGUGGCGGAGGAGGAGGAAUGGGCAACUUUAGAUCCGUGUCAUCUUCCACAAAGUUUGUCAAUGGCAGAAAAAUUACAACAAAACGGAUUGUGGAGAACGGCCAAGAGCGAGUGGAAGUGGAGGAAGAUGGUCAGUUAAAAUCUCUUACAGUUAAUGACGUUGCAGCCGAAGACUCCUUGGAGGACGAGUUUCGUCGCCGCAGACAGAACACCUUCCCCGGCUUUGGCCUGCACCAGCGCUAUCUGAGAAACUCCGCCCAGAAUCCGACAGAGGAGGAGGAGGAGCACGGCCUGCAGUGUCUGGGACUCACGAGAGGACACAUGGACACCAAGAGGAAGAAACUCUGGCUAAAAGAGGCAGAGUCCAAAAAGAAAAGAGCUCCUCGUCACUUCCCUCGAUAUGGUGGACUUGGGUUUGGGACUGGGUAUUUUUAAACACACAGCUACGCACACACACACAUACACAUACACACACACCUUCACAUUUUUUGGCAGACGAGCCAUCAAUCAUAUGUGGCAUUAUUUCAUCUGUGCUAUGUAGCUGAGACCCCAACAUCCCCCACUGCUGUGCCGCCUCGUCUUGUCUAUUAGCUGCAGUGCAGAGAAUGAAACUCCCGUGUUUGUUUUUCGUCUAAGGUGCAUCUUUUAGUUGCUAAGCCUUUGUUAUUUGCUGUAUUUAUUGUGGGUGCGGGUGUACAGUGAGCAUUCACGACCUUAAUUAGUCUCCCGUCUCCACUUUUUCACGAGAGUGUGUCGAAAGCAGCAGCCUUGGCGGUGAUGAGCGUGAGAAUUACUGCACUAAUGCCGUAAAGGAUGUGAGAAUGAGUGAAGGUCAGUGAAUUCUUUUCUAAUAGAGACAAAGAGGGAAGGGUGAGAUCAGGGGAAAAAACUGAGAAAUCAACAGAAGCAUUAUUAAAUCUACGCCCACAAGAAGAAAAGAAACUUUGAACCCCUCUCAAAAAAAACACACAAUAAUACGAGUUUUAUACAGUAUGGAUUCAGUAGUAAAACCUUCCAUGAGCGUUUCAUAAAAGAUUCCGUCUACAAAAAGCCCCUCGUCUGACUCGUCCUUCACAGGUUGUUCUCAGGAUUGCUGCGAGUAGAAAAUGUGGAAAUGUCUAAGAAAUGUUCAUUUUUUUAUGGACUCCUCUGAUUAAAUGCUUGAAGAAAAACAUGCCCUUGUGUAAACCUGUUAUGUAUCAUACUCUAUAGUUUCGUUGUGUUCUAAAGAGCGAUGCCUGAAGAUUAAACAAGCAAAAACAUGUGA